CGGGAUGGCCCGCGCGCCUCGGCGCUGCCUCGCGGAGCACUCGGCGGAGCGGCGGCCGCGCUCGGGGGGCGCGCGGCGGCGGCGGCGGCGCGGCGCGUGAGGCCGCCUCUGGCCGAGCGGCGCCGCCAACAUGUCGGAUACCAAGGUAAAAGUUGCCGUCCGGGUCCGGCCCAUGAACCGACGAGAACUGGAACUGAACACCAAGUGCGUGGUGGAGAUGGAAGGGAACCAAACGGUCCUGCACCCUCCUCCUUCCAACACCAAACAGGGAGAAAGGAAACCUCCCAAGGUAUUUGCCUUUGAUUAUUGCUUUUGGUCCAUGGAUGAGUCUAACACCUCAAAAUAUGCCGGACAAGAAGUGGUUUUCAAGUGCCUUGGGGAAGGAAUUCUUGAAAAAGCCUUUCAAGGGUAUAAUGCUUGUAUUUUUGCAUAUGGACAGACAGGUUCGGGAAAGUCCUUCUCCAUGAUGGGCCAUGCUGAGCAGCUGGGCCUCAUUCCAAGGCUGUGCUGUGCGUUAUUUAAAAGGAUCUCUUUGGAGCAAAAUGAGUCACAGACUUUUAAGGUCGAAGUAUCCUAUAUGGAAAUUUAUAAUGAGAAAGUUCGGGAUCUUUUAGACCCCAAGGGGAGUAGACAGUCUCUCAAAGUUCGAGAACAUAAAGUCUUGGGACCCUAUGUAGAUGGUUUAUCUCAACUGGCCGUCACCAGUUUUGAGGAUAUCGAGUCCUUGAUGUCUGAGGGAAAUAAGUCGAGAACCGUCGCCGCCACCAACAUGAACGAGGAGAGCAGCCGCUCCCACGCCGUGUUCAACAUCAUCAUCACCCAGACGCUGUACGACCUGCAGUCCGGGAACUCGGGAGAGAAAGUCAGUAAGGUCAGCCUGGUAGACCUGGCGGGCAGCGAAAGAGUGUCCAAGACAGGAGCUGCUGGCGAGCGACUGAAGGAGGGCAGCAACAUCAACAAAUCAUUGACAACCUUAGGGCUUGUUAUAUCAUCRCUGGCUGACCAGGCUGCAGGCAAGGGUAAAAACAAGUUUGUGCCUUAUCGAGACUCGGUCCUCACUUGGCUUCUUAAGGACAAUUUGGGGGGCAAUAGCCAGACCUCCAUGAUUGCCACCAUCAGCCCCGCAGCAGACAACUACGAGGAGACUCUGUCCACGUUAAGAUACGCAGACCGAGCCAAGCGGAUUGUGAACCAUGCCGUGGUGAACGAGGACCCCAAUGCCAAAGUCAUCCGAGAACURCGGGAGGAAGUGGAGAAGCUGCGGGAGCAGCUCUCCCAGGCCGAGGCCAUGAAGGCUCCUGAACUGAAGGAGAAGCUCGAAGAGUCUGAGAAGCUGAUAAAAGAACUGACAGUGACGUGGGAAGAGAAGCUGAGGAAGACGGAAGAGAUCGCGCAGGAGAGACAACGACAGCUGGAGAGCAUGGGCAUUUCUCUGGAGACGUCCGGCAUCAAGGUGGGGGAUGACAAGUGCUACUUGGUCAACCUGAACGCAGACCCCGCUCUCAACGAGCUUCUGGUGUAUUAUUUAAAGGAUCACACCAGGGUGGGUGCAGACACCUCUCAGGAUAUCCAGCUCUUCGGGAUAGGGAUUCAGCCUGAGCACUGUGAGAUCGAUAUCGCCUCCGACGGAGAGGUCACUCUGACUCCAAAAGAAAACGCGAGGUCCUGUGUGAACGGUGCUCUUGUGUGCACUGCCACCCAGCUGUGGCACGGUGACAGAAUCCUGUGGGGAAAUAACCACUUUUUUAGGAUCAACUUACCGAAGAGGAAGCGGCGAGAUUGGUUGAAAGACUUGGAGAAGGAGACGAGCCCGGCAGAGCAUGACCUGGACGCGGCCAGCGAGGCUUCCUCGGAGCCCGACUACAACUACGAGUUCGCCCAGAUGGAGGUCAUCAUGAAAACCCUCAACAGCAACGACCCAGUGCAAAACGUGGUCCAGGUCUUGGAGAAGCAGUACCUGGAAGAGAAGAGAAGCGCCCUGGAGGAGCAGCGGCUCAUGUACGAGCGGGAGCUGGAGCAGCUGCGCCAACAGCUCUCCCCCGAGCGGCAGCCCCCGAGCAGUGGCCCCGACCGCCUGUCCUACAGCAGCCAGACCGCCCAGCAGAAGGUGACCCAGUGGGCAGAGGAGAGGGAUGAGCUCUUCCGGCAGAGCCUGGCCAAACUACGAGAGCAGCUGGUCAAAGCUAAUACCCUGGUGCGGGAAGCAAACUUCUUAGCUGAAGAAAUGAGCAAACUCACUGAUUACCAAGUGACUCUCCAGAUCCCUGCUGCAAACCUCAGUGCCAACAGAAAGAGAGGUGCGAUAGUGAGUGAGCCUGCUAUUCAGGUGAGGAGAAAGGGGAAGAGCACCCAAGUGUGGACCAUUGAGAAGCUGGAGAACAAGUUAAUUGACAUGAGAGACCUCUAUCAAGAAUGGAAGGAGAAUGUCCCUGAGGCCAAGAGGCUCUACGGGAAGCGAGGGGACCCUUUUUACGAAGCCCAGGAGAACCACAACCUGAUCGGYGUGGCCAACGUGUUCCUGGAGUGCCUGUUCUGUGACGUGAAGCUGCAGUACGCAGUCCCCAUCAUCAGCCAGCAGGGGGAGGUUGCAGGGCGCCUGCAUGUGGAGGUGAUGCGGGUGACAGGGGCUGUUCCCGAGCGCGUGGUGGAGGAUGACUCUUCAGAGAACUCGAGCGAAAGCGGGAGCCUGGAAGUCGUGGAUGGCAGCGGAGAGAUCAUUCACCGCGUCAAGAAGCUGACGUGCCGGGUCAAAAUCAAAGAGGCAACUGGGCUGCCCUUAAGCCUGUCCAAUUUCGUCUUCUGUCAGUACACCUUCUGGGACCAGUGUGAGUCUGCCGUGGCUGCCCCRGUGGUGGACCCCGAUGUGCCUUCCCCACAGUCCAAGGAUGCCCAGUACACAGUGACCUUCUCUCACUGUAAGGACUAUGUGGUGACUGUCACCGAGGAGUUCCUAGAGUUCAUAUCAGAUGGAGCGCUGGCAAUUGAGGUCUGGGGCCACCGGUGUGCUGGCAAUGGCAGCUCCGUCUGGGAAGUGGACUCUCUUCACGCUAAGACAAGAACAUUGCACGACAGGUGGAAUGAAGUAACUCGAAGAAUAGAGAUGUGGAUCUCCAUAUUAGAACUGAAUGAGUUAGGGGAAUAUGCUGCCGUGGAGCUUCAUCAGGCUAAAGAUGUCAACACGGGGGGCGUCUUCCAGCUCAGACAGGGUCACUCCCGGAGAGUGCAAGUCACAGUGAAACCCGUUCAGCAUUCGGGGACAUUGCCGCUCAUGGUUGAAGCCAUCUUGUCGGUAUCCAUUGGCUGCGUAACUGCCAGGUCCACCAAACUCCAAAGAGGGCUGGACAGUUACCAGAGAGAUGAUGAGGAUGGUGAUGAUAUGGAUAGUUACCAGGAAGAAGACUUAAACUGCGUCCGAGAGAGGUGGUCAGAUGCACUCAUCAAACGACGAGAAUACUUAGAUGAGCAGAUUAAAAAAGUCAGCAAUAAGAAAGACAAGACAGAGGACGAUGUGGAGAGGGAAGCUCGGCUGGUGGAGCAGUGGGUGGGGCUGACGGAGGAAAGGAACGCUGUGCUGGUGCCUGCCCCGGGCAGUGGGAUCCCCGGCGCCCCGGCUGACUGGAUUCCACCUUCUGGAAUGGAAACCCACAUACCAGUUCUCUUCCUUGAUUUGAAUGCGGAUGACCUCAGUGCCAACGAGCAGCUCGUGGGUCCACACGCAUCGGGCGUGAACUCCAUCCUGCCCAAGGAGCAUGGCAGCCAGUUUUUCUACCUGCCCAUUAUAAAGCACAGCGAUGAUGAGGUCUCCGCUACCGCCUCUUGGGACUCCUCAGUACACGACUCUGUUCACUUGAACAGGGUCACACCGCAGAAUGAGAGGAUUUACCUGAUUGUGAAGACCACUGUCCAGCUCAGCCACCCGGCUGCCAUGGAGUUGGUAUUAAGGAAACGGAUUGCAGCCAACAUUUACAACAAACAGAGUUUUACACAGAGUUUGAAGAGGAGAAUAUCAUUGAAAAAUAUAUUUUAUUCCUGUGGUGUAACCUAUGAAAUAGUCUCCAACAUACCAAAGGCAACCGAGGAGAUCGAGGACCGGGAAACCUUGGCUCUCCUGGCAGCCCGGAGUGAAAAUGAGGGCACGUCCGAUGGAGAGACAUACAUCGAGAAGUACACACGGGGCGUUCUGCAGGUGGAGAACAUUCUGAGCCUUGAACGGCUUCGGCAGGCCGUCACGGUCAAAGAGGCACUUUCCACCAGRGCCCGGCACAUCCGGAGGAGCCUCAGCACACCGAAUGUUCACAAUGUCUCCUCUAGUCGACCAGACCUUUCUGGCUUCGAYGAAGAUGACAAGGGUUGGCCAGAGAGCCAGUUAGACAUGUCUGACUACAGCUCCAGUUACCAAGAUGUGGCGUGCUACGGAACCUUACCCAGGGAUUCACCUCGGAGGAGCAAAGAAGGUUGUGCCUCGGAGAAUCCUCAUGCCUUAACAGUGAGCCCUUUUAAAGCAUUCUCUCCUCAACCACCAAAGUUUUUCAAGCCCCUGAUGCCUGUCAAAGAGGAGCAUAAAAAAAGGACGGCUCUUGAAGCAAGACCUCUUCUAAGCCAAGAGAGCAUGCCUCCAUCUCAGGCACUUAACCCUGGCUGCAUUGUCCCCCCUGGAAGCAAUGGCAGCAGCAUGCCCGUAGAUCACCAUAGCAAGAAGAAGAUUAUCCUGAAGUUAAUCUACCUAGAGGAAUUGCACUUACUUGGAGACUCCGAGGAGGAGGAGAACGAGCUGGAAGCUAUGAGCAGGCAGCUGAUGAACUCCCAGCCUUACGUCCCUGUGGAGUUUGCCGACUUCAGUGUUUACAACGCCAGCUUGGAGAACCGGGAAUGGUUUUCUUCUAAAGGAGAUCUGACCAACUCCCGGGUCCUGGAGAAAGAGGUGUCUCGCAGCCCUACCACCAGCAGUAUUACCAGUGGCUACUUCUCCCACAGUGCCUCCAAUGCCACCCUGUCGGACAUGGUGGUCCCUACUAGUGACAGCUCAGACCAGCUAGCCGUUCAGACGAAGGAUCCAGACUCCAGCGAACAUUCCGGACCGUCACUUGGGCACGAUUCCAGACUACCCUCAAACAGAGAGUUGCCAGAAGGAGAAGGAGGCUUGGGAAAGGAGAAGACAAACACGGUGCCACUCAAGGAACACAGUGCCUUAGCCAAAGCGAGCGCCCCCGAGAAAAGCUCCAGACUGCUGUGUAGGACUGGUUCAUGGUCCGAGCCGGAUGCCUGUCCCAGCAAAAACGGCCAAGCAGCCAAGGAGUUCUGCCCAAGGGAGGUGACAGUUGAACACACCACGAACAUCCUCGAGGAUCAUUCUUUCACAGAGUUCAUGGGUGCGUCCGAUGGAAGAGACUUUGACGGUCCGACACAUUCUUCUGCUGCAGAGGCCUCCAACAGGAGGAACCUACCAAAUAAAACAGACAGUAAGAGUGUCCCAGAGGGGCCACGGGACACUGGCCAGCUGAAUUCCAAGUUAGAGAAUGACCAGGUAACAAUUCCAGAGGCAGCUUUUUGGGUCCUGUGCUGUCAGUGAGCAGGGCGGAUUGUACCCAGAGCUCCAGAGGCCCUUCCUUGCAGGGACCGGGUGGGAAAGAGUCGUCCUGAUAUUUCCAACAGGGGAGAUGCCCACCGGGGAGCAGGCUCUCAACCUGUCCCGCUCACUCUGUGUGUCAGAGCAGGUUGGCUUUGGGAACCACAGUGAAACCAUGAAAUACAUAGGACCGGUGGGUUUUUAUUUUAUUUAACUAGCRUAUGAGUUGGUGUUAAUUGAGCACCCAGGUGGAUCAGGAUCAAUUCACCUCAUAUUCUUUCUCUGAGAUGUUUAGCUAUUAGCUCUUCAAAGUCAUCUGGUAGCAUCUAUCCUAUUUCAUCAAAUCUAUGAUUCCUUUGAUUAUUAUAUGAUCUAUUAUUUUAUAUAUCAUUAAGAAGGGAAAAU